CUUUUACUUUCUUCUUUUCUCUAUCUCUCUAACCCUUCAAAGAUGUUUGUUUGUUGUGUGGAACACAAAGUUCCUUCCUUUUUUCUCCAUCUAACCUAAUCUCUCUCUCUAAAGCCAGCCUCUCAGCUCAGUUCUAGCUCUUAUGUUCUUCUUGUUCUUCUUUUCAAUCUCCCUUCACUCAAUUUCACUUGUGGGAUACACAAAAAUCAGAUCUUGGAGAAAUUGAAAUGUUGGGGAAAGACAUUAAUGUUCCUGAUCUAUCUCUUCAAAUUAGCCCUCCCAAAACUGACCCAUCCACUUCAUUCGAUGUUCAACAACAAACUCAAACACCUCCGGUCGACACCGAGCUCUCUCUAUCGAACAAUUCGAUGGCGUCGGUCGACAAAUUGGCCGAUCGGUUCCGACCCAUUAGAGGAAUCCCAAUUUACAGCAAUGGGUUGUUGUCGUCUUCUUCAACGUAUUUGAAUCAAACCCAAACGAUGUCGUCUUUGUCGUCGUUGUCGUCGUCUCCUUCUUUGAAUCAAUUUAUUGUUCAAAAUCAUCAAAACCCUCUUUUUGGGGUUUCGAAUUUUUGGUGUAGUAAUAAUAGAUCGAGAUGGUUUAUGCCAAGAAUUCAAAGCCGACGAAGUUCUAGAGCCCCAAGAAUGCGUUGGACUUCAUCUCUUCAUGCUCGUUUCAUUCGAGCUGUUGAACUCCUUGGUGGCCAUGAAAGGGCGACUCCAAAAUCAGUCCUGGAAUUAAUGGAUGCCAAAGAUCUCACACUAGCUCAUGUCAAGAGUCAUUUACAGAUGUUUCGUACUGUUAAGAACACCGACAAACAAACAGGUUCUUCAGAAGGGUAUGGAGAAGAAGAUUUCUUGCCUGCAACACCAACCCCACAUCAUGAAGCAACCUGUUUGCUCAAUCAUAGAAGAGGGCUUACUGCAUCUUUGGAGCCUCAUGUUAAUGGAUCCUCACCUUCCAUUAAUUACCACAGUAACUCUUCAAGAAGAGCAUGGGAGGAAGGGUUUCCAAGAAGUGCGAACGGGUUUGGAUCAGAAAUUAAUCGAGAGAAUCAUUAGAUAUCGAAUUCGAAUACGAGCAACCCAUGUGAGCAUAGGGCAUUACAAAAAUGAGAAGCA